CAAAAAAGAAUAUAUACAUAUAUGUAUAUAUAUAUAUGUAUAUAUACAUAUGUAUAUAAAAGAUUAAGGAAAUACUCAGUCUCAGUCUCAGACUCUCACUUUCAGCUUCUUCUUCUUCUUCUUUAUCCUUCGUUUCUCUUUGUAAUCAGGGAAAAAGAAAAUGGGAAGAGGAAAGUUCAAGGGCAAGCCCACCGGCCACCGCCACUUCUCUACUCCCGAAGAGCUCCUUGCUGGUACCUCUGCUCGUCCCCGUACUUUCAAGAAGGAAGUGGCUGAAGUGGAGGAACAAGAAGAAGAAGAGUCUGAGGAGGAAGUAGAAGAAGAAUCUGAGAAGCGAAAAGGGACCCAAGGGCUUAUUGAGAUUGAGAAUCCAAAUGUGGCUAAACAAAAGAAUGUGAAAGCUAGAGAUGUUGAUAUGGGGAAAACAACUGAACUCUCGAGGCGUGAAAGAGAGGAGAUAGAAAAGCAAAAAGCGCAUGAGCGAUAUAUGAAGCUGCAGGAACAAGGGAAAACUGAACAAGCAAGAAAAGAUUUAGAGCGCUUAGCCCUGAUAAGGCAACAAAGGGCAGAGGCUGCUAAGAAGAGAGAAGAAGAGAAGGCUGUGAGAGAACAAAAGAAGGUUGAAGCUCGCAAAUAACCAGGUUGAGGAAUCUUUAAGAUCUGUUUACCAUCUGUUUUUUUCUAUCUUUUAUAUUUGACCUUUACAUUUGUAUACUGAAGCUUUUAUCCCAUAAAGAACGGUUUUGAAGCUGAUAGAUACUAUCAAUCUUCUAAACUCCUUGGACUUUAUAUAUGCUUUUGGAUCAUCUUAAAUUA